AUGGCCGACAAGAGCCCGACCUCCCCCGCCUUCAAGGCCUUCGUGGACGCCUCCGCCGGUGCCAUGGGCGCACUCUUCGCUGCUGUAUUGCUGUACCCACUGGACGUAGUGAAGACCCGUCGUCAAGUAGAUGUGGACGACAGUAAGGAGGAGGAGACAGAAGAAGCCAAAAAUAAGGCCAUCGAACUGCGCAAGAAGAAGGCCCACAACCUCCUCGCUGCUGUGUGGCUCAUCUACCGUCAGGAAGGCGUCGAAGGUAUCUUCGCUGGUCUCAGCUCGAAGGUCGUGCACACUGUGUCGUCCAAUUUUGCGUAUUUCUACUGGUAUUCGUUCCUCAAGACAGCAGUAGAGAAACACUCGAGUAAGCCCAUAACUACGGGCAUGAGUCUGCUUAUGGCUUCCACUGCUGGAGCCUUAAACAUGUCGAUGACUCUCCCCUUGGAGAUGAUCAACACUCGGGCUCAGAUCCAGCCCAGUGAUGACGAGUCUAGUGACUCGGACGAGAAGAACAAGGACACGACACCUCCGAGCCGCACAAUGUGGGGUAUCGCCAAGGAAAUCUACGCGGAAGACGGUCUCACGUCCUUCUGGAAGGGGUUCAUCCCUUCUCUGGUGCUCGUGAGCAACCCGUCCAUCAAUUACACCAUCUUCGACAAGCUGAAGCUGCAAUUGCAGCACUCAAAGAUGGUCGCUACCAAUGCCACGCGCAUGAGCUCCUUGACAGCACUGGAGGCGUUUAUCCUGGCCGCUAUCGCCAAAGCGGUGGCUACGAUCAUCACGUACCCUGUGAUCCGUGCCAAGGUGUUGAUGCAGGCCCAAAAAAAACACAUUACGGGACAGAAAAAGAGCCCACAUGGCCACCAUCACGCCGAAAUGGGCAACUCGAUGGUGCAGGUGCUCAAGCGUAUUGGCGAGCUGGAAGGCCCGAGUGGCUACUUCAAGGGCUGCUCGGCGCAGCUCUUUAACACGGUGCUCAAGAGCGCUCUGUUGGUUAUGACUAAGGAGCAGAUUACCAAGUACACCAUGCGCGUGCUGUACUUGCUGCGUCAAAAUGCUGGCCCAAAGGCGAUUGAAGCGGCCAAGGCGUAA